GAUGAUGAUGAGGUAGCGAUUCCUUAAUUCUAGUAUAGAAGAUCGCGUCACUUAAUCCUCCUACGAGCUAAAAGGCGAAGCUAAACUCUCGGACAAAUACUGCUUUCGUUUAUAAAUUUCGAAGUGCAUGGCUUUCUUUUCAUACAGCUGACCAGGUAUGUUAUAAAAGAAUAAUCCUGGAGACCUUAUGAUUGAAUCUAUCCAUUGAUGGCAUAAAAGUGCACGAUGUAUUUUGUCCGGAUUUUACCGGCUAAACUCUGUACCGUCGGCGUCGCUUAUAACUUAUUUUCUAACAACAUUGCAGAGUUUUGUGCCCUUUCAUGCGGUAUUUUUUACUUUUAUGAAUGUAGGUGAAACUCUGUGAAAUCAUAAAAUUUUCAACACGUUUAUAAAAAACAAAUCAAAGUACGAACUAGCAGAAACUAGGAACGCUCCUUGUACCUAGCGUUAUCAAAAAUAAUCACCAUUUUAUUUUUAGCUUCCGAACUGCUAGAAAAGAAUCUCAUGCAUCAUAUCGUACGCCUCAUGGCUAAUCAAUAUGAAGAUGUUAUCAAAUUAUUAUGGUAUCAACUAUUUCACAAAAAUUACACAUGGAUUUCUAUUACAAGCCAAUAGCGUGUUUACCCUAAGUGAUUACCGAUUUGGUGCUACGUGGAUCUAAUUACUUUUUACGGUUUAGUUGCCAAGUUCUCUUUUGAUGUUAUAAGCAUAAUAUUGAGAACACAAGAUGUUUCGCAUUCGCAGUUUCGAGAUAUUAUCUUCCAAAUAAGAGGCUCAUUCUUCAAAAAAUAAAAUAUUCAGGGAUAUUUUCAUUUACUUUUAUAUAAGUUAAAGACGCUCAGCCUUCAAGACGCUCCCAAAGGUUAAAUCAACCAAAGAGAAUAAAAAUGUACGAUUUUGAUGACGUCAACGACUGCACGGAAGCAAAUGACGUCAUUAAAAUCGUCGAAGAGCCGAUCUUAACAUUUUUUAAAUAAAUUUACGAGAGCAGUAAAAAAAAAAUAUUCAAAAUAGUGUCUCAAAUUCGGACAUACUUCAAUUUAAAAUUAUAAAAACAAUCACCAUAAAGUUACUUAAAAUACCGAAUUAUGUAUGUUCGUCUUGCUCGCGUCUUAUCGUAACAGUGCCUGCUAAGACAGACCGGCCACAAAUAAAAUAUUGCAGACAACAACAAAACAGUCAACAAAAAAUCGGAAAAAGAUCGAUUUUUAAAACACUUUCAUUAAAGUCAGUAGUGGUGCCUGAGCAAGGCAGAUUUUCAGUUUGCAUUGCAUGCAAUAAAAACGAAUGUUUGUAUAUUUUUUCUUCAUUUUGUUUACACAGUUUCACGGGUCUAGAGAAGUGGAGUGUUGAUCAACGACCCACGCUGCUCGCGCUCUCUCUUUUACUGAAUUUCCGUCAAUGCAGGUUUUAUUACUUUGAAAAUAUACGGUGACAUUUAUUUCACGUUAUUGUUGGUACGGCACAUUAAAAUAACACAAAUGUAUUGCAUAAUAUUUUCAAUAAAAGAAGCAAAUAAUUUAUUUUCACAGUUUUUUAUUACCUUAUUGUUAUGUUUCGAUUUUAGUUUAUUGCAUACUCGUGCAUAUACAGGAUAGCCAAGUAAAUCGUGGUCCAAACGAAGUAGGUGAUAGAGGCUGUCCAGCAAUUGUAUUAAUUCUUUUAAAGCAUGCCGCCAGCAAAAAAAAUAGUAUUACGACACGGGUUUCUUAUUCUUACGGUUAUUCUGUUAAAGAACAAUAAAUUAUUUUACACAUGACCAAACAGUUCAAUAACUUUUUUAUGAAUAACAGGGUUAGUAAUUUGACAGAGAUGAUGGUAUCUUCUAUGUAUGGUAUGACCCUAUGGACCAUGACUUAUAUGGUCACCCUGAAUGUGUUCCCUUUUUGCAACAUUCUGUAUAUCUGUACUGUACAACUAUACAAAUACAUUUGCUCUUGAAAACUCGAGUUAACAUUGAAAUAAAUUCUAUCUCUUAACCCAACAAUAAAUAAGCAAAAAAAUCAUCAUCAUUGAAAAUAAAAAUAAAAAUGUGUAAGUUUUUGACCGGUACUUACAGUUUGAAAUAUGGAAAUGAUAGAUAUAAAAUGAAAUACAUGUAUCAAGAAAAUAUCGGCUGAAUUUUCACAGUUAUAUUUAAAUUGAUAAUAUCAGUGAGGUGUUUAUGUAAAAAAUGGUCGUAAGCUCUUCCGUGAAUUUCAAAACCUACUUAUCUGUUACUUAUGUACCUAAUUACAAACAAUACUUUUUAUUAAUCAUCGGCAUUUAAGAGAGUCAACUUUAAUUUCUUACUUAAUUCUUAUGUAAUUAUGUGUUACAAUAAUAAUACCAUAAUAAUAUUUUAUUAAGAACCCACUGUAAUAUAUACUUAUCUUUUUCAUUUUCAGACGUUGUUUUCAUAACAAUAAGUAUAAUGAUAAUAUUUAAUUCACAAACAUUUUCGGCACUGAAUAGUCUUGAAAAAGGGACAAAAUCACUAUCAUCAGUUCAACCGCCAAGUAUAUUUGCUAACUCUAAUUACACUCCAAGCAUUAGAGGUAUAUUACCGAGAAUGAACGAGGUCACAGGUCUUGCAGUAAAUUUUACGGUAACAGAUACAAAUACUAGCCUUGAAGAUAACGCUGAUAUUUUUAUUAGUACAUUAGGCUUCAAUUCUACAAAAUCGAAUACUGAAUCCAAAAAAAUCCCGAUAACGAUGAUGAAGAAAGUUCUAGACUUCAGGAAAUCAGACGCGACGCCAGAGUUUCCCUUAGAAAAGGCAAAUAAAAACCAUAAUGAUACAAUGGUAACAUCAGAACUAAAACAAGGAGAAAAUCUUAAGUUGAUUUGUGGUAGCAGAGCUCACAUCUGUGACAGCAAAGCCCAUCCGAAAGUUUGUGCAAUGAAAGUAAAAAAUGGUAUUGAAGACUUCAGAGACUUUGAAAAUUCGUGCUAUUUAUACUUAGCGAACAUGUGUGACUAUCCCAACGACGCUUAUUACAUCGUCACGGCUGGUACGUGUUCAAAUCACUUGCUCACAAGAAGAACGAAUGUUGAGACCGUGGCGGACACAAAUACUAGUCUUCACGACUCAGAUUACUACACAGAUGAUAAUUCAACGGAGACACACGACAAUGUUACAAAGACAGCAUUGAGAGACGCGUCAAUAAAAAAAGAAUCAAAAGUUUCCCUGCCAUGUCGUCACAAAUGUCCGCUGAGCUGCACUGAUGCUUAUUUACCGGUGUGCAUAAACGUCAACUCUAAGUUGAAGUUUAAGUUUUACACUUUCCAGAGUCAUUGCAAAAUGGAUCUGUAUAUGUGCACCCAGUGGGAGCUGGAGUUCGCAGAUCGCAAGUUUCAUGGUACUUCCAAUUUGGAUUAUACACGCUGUGCUGCUAACGAAUUCAUUCGGUUUGCUCGUUUUUCCGAAGUGGCGUCUUCGAUGUCGCACUACGGCUGGCUAGAGGGGGAUCAGCGCUUCAGUGCAAUAUUGCCGAUAAACGACCGGAUCGCGCUCACCGGCAAGCAGAGAUAUAGACCCAGAGACCACGUGAGGGUAAAGGGCAAAUAAAAUUAGUUAGCUUUGUCACAGAUUUCAUGUUAGGUGUCUGUUACAUUACUGCAUCACUUUCAAUAUUAGUGUAGGUAAUUCUAAAAUUCACACUUUUUAUACAUUUUGGCUGAUAAUGUACGGUGGCCUGCGCCUAAAAGUAUA